AUUUCGCAAAGGUUAUUCUUUGUGCCCGCUCCCAAGCAAAUAACCUUUCCUCAAUACAUAUGCCUAAAGUUAACAUAGACCAGUAAAUACCAGGAAGCCCUUCAUUUUAAGCCAAAUGCAUGCUAUAACCUUACUCGUGUAUAGUUUGUGUGAACCGGAACCAUAAACGCUUGGUGGAUUUGUGUUCGUUUAUUAACGUCCGCUCCCCGGCGGAGUCUUGGUUGUAUUUUAUAUACGUAAGACGUAUUACCGAUUUCGAAAGGGGUUACGCAGUAAGAAUUUCUCGUGUUUUGUGAGCAUACCGUAAUUUAUCGGAGGGGACAACAUGGCACGUAAUUAUAAUCGUUCUAAGCCUGGCAACCCUGUAAAGGACAACAUGGCACGUAAUUAUAAUCGUUCUAAGCCUGGCAACCCUGUAAAGGACCACAUGGCACGUAAUCGUGUUCGUUCCAAGCCUGGCAUCCCUGUAAAGACUCCUGGUGGUAAAACAGCUGUUCGUGGAGGAAAGUGCAAGUACACUGCUGUACUUAAUAUGCUUUGCUAUAAGAAAGGAGCUUCUGUGAAAUAUAAUCUGAUUUCUACAAGUGGUCCACCUCAUAAACCAACGUUUUUCUAUAGAGCAGUGAUUAAUGGGAAACAGUUUCCUCAAGGCAGAGGUGGCAAUAAGAAAGAAGCACAGGGUGAUGCAGCCAGAAUAGCCCUUGAUGACCCAUCCCUCAUGAGCUGUAUGCAGAAACAAAGUGACGUGUCGUCUGAUAAAUUGGAAAACCAGCAUUCCUCAACUCUGGACAAAUCCAGUGAUGAAGCUGAAUCUUUGAACUGCCCUUCUAGCCAGUCUUCUCGAAGCUCAUACUGCAUUUUUAUGUUGCAAGAUUUUGCACAGAAAAGGAAAUUAAAGAUAAAGUGUCUUGAACGUGCACCUUAUGCAGGCCGAUAUACUAUUAGGUGGAGAAUCGAAGACAGAGUAUUUGAAGAAGUUAGUGGAUCCAUUAGACGUAGAGUAAAGCAGAAUGCUGCACGUGUUGCUUACUGCGCAUUAAUAAAUGAAUUUAUUGAAAAGGUUAAAAUUAGCUCAUCUUCUACUAAAUCAGCAUCUUUGUUAAGCACCUCGUUCUUUCAAGAAAACUUUGAGAAUUUGCUGUACAAGUAUGCAAAGAAAAUGGGUUUGAAGGCAGAUUAUAUUGAUUCUGUUAAAGAUGCUUCUGAUGAAACACAAUAUGUUUGUAAGUGGAAGCUUGGUGACAGAGAAUUCGAGGAUGUUUUGGGGUCUUCGAGAAGAGAAGCAAGAAGCAAUUCAGCAAGAGUCACAUUUUGUACGAUAGUAAAUGAGUACGGAGAAGAGGGUAACUUUUGGAGAAGCUUUAGUCACACUUCUGGUUCUUCAGGUGCAUCUGAUUCCCGUAAAAGGACAUCUGAACAAGAUCGUAGCACAGAUCGUCUGUCAGAAGAAAAGAGAUCAAGGAGGGAAGCUUCGGAUGCCUCCACAGACCCCUCUAAUUCACAACAUACAAGUUCUAGAAGUGAACAGAAGUACUCUUUUCAAAUGCGAAUAGGGAGCAGAGUUACUCACCCCUCACUUAGUGCUAGUAACGCUCUAAGUGAGGAUGAGGAUGAUAAUGAAAAGAAGCAGAAGAGUAAAGAUAAGCCGUCACUCAACAUCAGAAAGAUAAAGGAAGAGGAAGAAUUCAGCCAGAAGAUAUUGUUUGGGAAACAGGAAGAGCUCAAGGUACUUAGUGAAUUUCGAGAAAGUCAGUGUGCUUGCCUUCGUUUAGACAAGCAGCAGGGUAAAUUGACACCAAAAGAACCAUGGUUCUGGCCAAAAUUGUUAAUCUCAGAUGAUGAGGACGACAGUGAUAAUGAAUGCAGUGGCAGUACUUUAAAGGCUGAAGGAACGGACACAAAAUCUUUAAAUGAUGCUGAGAAGUUAAAGAUUCUUACCAGCUAUUUGAGAGAGAAUCAUUUUUACUGCAUUUGGUGUAGAACAGAGUAUAAUGACAGGAAAGAAUUGUUGUCAGAGUGUCCUGGGCCCUGUCGCGAAGCCCACAAUUAAUUCCUGGAGUGGGAGAGGAAUUUGCAGAAAUGAACUUCAGAUGACUUUUUUUCUUGAGUUUAGUGAUUAAGCUCCAUCCAGAACUAUCACAUACACAACAGGCAAAAUAAACUGGAGCGAUAAGUCUGCAGAAGUACAGAAAACUACUGUUUUGAUGUUUAAAGGGAGCAGAAAAGGAGCUAGCCAAGUUGUAGCACGUUUGUAUUUAAUACUGAUCCGUAUUGAUUUUUUUUCUCAUGUUUGUAGACUGACUUCAUUUUAAUGCAGUCAGUUCAGCAUCACAUUUGCUUGUGCAAAACAUAUGACUGAUCACUCCUCCCUGAAUGUGUUAUGACUUUAAUGUUUCCAUUUUCUGUGGCAUAGUAUCCGUUUUAACUCGAAAAAGAUGAUUUUUGCAGCAGUCACAUUGCAUAUAUAUUUUUUGUCUCUCUACCUACCAUCUUUAUAGAAUUUUUAUUGUGAUGCUGACAGUUGGUUAUUAGAAGACUGAAAUUGCAUUUUGUAUUUGAACAAAGUGGCUUGAGCAAAUAUAAUAGGCUACAUUUGCUUUGUAAAAGCAUUAUGGUUUGUACUACAUUGAUUUGUUCCACCCAUCUUGAGCAUUUCCCAUCUGUUUAUCAUCUGCUUAUGCUCACAUGUAAGUUUUUUAGUACUGUGAUAUCUUGUAUCACAAGAUAACACACAAGAUAACAACAACAAGAUAACACACAAGAUCACAAGCAAAUCUUUGCAAAGCAAAGAUAAGCAUUUCCCAUCUCCCAUCUGGAGCAUUUCUCCUCGGGCCUUCGCUGAAAACAGGCUCUCAGAACCUAGUUGGACUUUCCCGGUCAACAAAUGUUAAAUAAAUAAAUAAAAACUUGAGACUCUAGUUUCUAAUAAAAUAAAAUAGAGGGAGAACGUGAUUGUGUAUAAGGUGCUAGGCAGAUUGGAUUUGCAUCUAUGACAAAAAUAACCUGACUUCAAGAAGGAAAUUUGAUUAUUUGGGGGCAACCAAGAAGUUGGCAAUAUGACUCUGACUUUUAAGGAACAAACAAGGCUCAUAUGAAACAAGUUCCCUUUUGAAGCUGGUGACUUCGUCCGUUGACUGGAUACAUCAGACUUGGUGAAUGUCAUGAGAAUUAAAUCACUGACCCAAAGAGAAAACUGGAAAGCAGUUGCAUGAUGUCAGAAAUCAGACUGCUGUGAAGUCAAAUAAGAUGAGAAACAAUUUACCUUUAGCACUGUGUAGUUCAAACGUCAUAAGGGUGCAUGCGUAUGCACCUAUAUCUCUGAGCAUUGUGUAAUGAAAAUGCUACUUAAGGUGUGCUGUAUAAUUUAAUUUUUUUCCUUAAUGUAGUUCAUAAAUGAGCAGUGCAGUUGUAUCUGCUGUUGGAUUUCAGAAUGAAAACUUUGGACUAUGUGACAUGGUUUUAGACAUUUGUGUUAGAAAUGUUAUUUUCUUACAGUGAUACAAGAUUUCUUACAUAGGAAGGAAAUAUGUUUUCUGUUGCUCAGUGCAAAUUACUGUUUCAGCAAUAAAGUGAUUUUUAUCGGA